AUGAGUCAAGGCCGCCGGCCGAUGCUGGGGGCUGUAGGUGGCUCCUACCUGCAGCCGGGUGGCCAGUACAUGAAUCAGCAAUUGCCCAUGGGUCCUGGUUCCAGUGCGGGUCCACCACAUCAGCGGUUUAUGAUGAUGCCCAACCAUAUGUAUGGUCAUUCCGCAACCCAGCCUCAGAUGUACAUGAAUUCCUCCCAACAACAGUCGGGUCCAUCACUGUCUCCAGUGGGCAGACCGCUGACCCCACAGCAACCUCAGCUGCAGCAUAUGCAGAACAUGGUCCAGAGUUCCCCCUCGCAGCUGUCACCGGUUCCCUCAGUGACCCCUGACCAUGGUGUGUCUCAUGAGAGCAACCCAGAAGACCCUAGUGGGGAAAAUUCCAGAAGCUCCAUUGGCGUGCCCCAGCCAAGUCCGUCCCCUGUUGGUUCUACUGGUUCCAGAUCAAACACCCCGGCUUCCAUAUCAGGUGCCCGUGCUGGCAGUCCAAUGCCUAUUCGACCUCCUGGUCAAGUUGAUGGACAGAGUAGGUUUACGCAGUCUCCUAUGGCUACUCAAGGAUUCGGUCAACACAUAAUGCCACCACCAAACAGCAUGGCCUACAUGCCUACUUCAGGAAAGAUGGGAGGAGGUCAGAUACCUGGACAUGUUCCUCAGUACGGCACACAGUUUCCACAAGGUAAUUACAGCAGGCAGCCAAACAUGGCUACAGGCGGACCACCUCAACCAGGUUCCAUGCAGAGCUAUCCAGGAUCUCAACCAGGCAUGUACUCCAGCAACCCUAGCCAGAUGCCGGGGGCACCUAUGUAUGGCACCAUGCCUGGGAUGGUGAGAAACUUGGGUCAACAGGCCUACAAUCCAAGCCCAGGGCAGGGGCCUUAUCCUCAGAGCAACACGAGCAUGGGUGGAAUGAUGAACAGUCACUAUCCUGGAUACAAUUCUUCACACAUGGGACCAAUGGCUGGACAUCAUAGCAUGCAGCAGGCACCAGUCGGAUCCGGCCACAUGCCGCCAGGGUCUGCAGUCGGCCCAGUGACUCCUAUGGGUGGUCAGCAAGGAGGGAUGAUGCCUCAGCAACAUAUGUCUUCAAAGGGAGCUCCGGCAGGGAUGCUAACUGCAGCUGGUUCUGUAGGUCCUCGAAUGUCUCACAACCGAGGCUCUAUGAGUCCAUCUAGAGGCAUGUUUAUGCAGUCAGGCGAGGGCCCCUUAGCUCACAUGAACAAUAUGAUGAACUCACCAAAUUUGGGUCAUUCAAAUUUGACCAUGAAUUCAAACAAUGAACAAUUGUCCCGGAGCGGCUCAAUCAUGGGAAAUUUGUCCACCUCCACCCCGUCCCCAGUGCCUCAUUUUCCUGCAGCUCUGACCAACACAUCCACCAGCGUGGCCAACAGUGGAGACCAUGGCAACAGUCGAGCAUCUCCCCUGACUAAUGCAGAAGCUCAUGACUCUAUGUCACGCCCAGGGUCAGUUGCGGCUCGUCAUCCGGACCUUCCUAAUGAGUCCACCAUGGGCUCUGACAGCUCAGGUGGCAUGCCCAGUGACUCCACCUCAGUGGACAGUGGUUUUCAUUCCUCAGAUCAAAGUGAUAAAACAUCAGAUUCUGUCAGUACCCCGACUCAGUCGGUAUCCUCACCAUUGUUAACAUGCCAUCCAGCCAACGGAGAUGCGUCUCGCACAUUAGAAAACAUUACCCCUCCAGACCAUACUAGUCAUCCUCCUCCGCAUCACCUUCAGCAUCAUCACCACUUACACCAACAGCACAUGCAACAACAUUAUCAUAUGGAUCCCGAGCCCAAAAUGCCUUAUAGCAGCGAUGGUGGUGUCCCGUUACCUCCAGCAGCCAUAUCAAUAAUGCCUUUGUCAAGCAGCAGUGUGGUUACCACAGCAAAUGCAGGACCUUCAUUAACUUCUGUAACACAAAGUAUAGCAUCGCCAGUAGCCAGUAUUUCUACAUCUAUUCCUCCGAACCAUCCACACCCUCAUACCCACCACAUGGGGCCCCAUGGUGGGCCUCCUCAUAUGAUGACCCAUGGAAUGGGCCCAGGCACCCUUGGAAUGAUGCCCAAUGGAAUGCCUUCUGCGGGAAUGACAAACCCUGGCCAGCUGGGAGGGCAUAAUCAUUUGCGACCUGGUAUGGGAGGACCGAUGCCAGGCAUGAUGCCUCCCAACAUGGGGGGACCAAAUAUGAAUGUCAACCAGAAUGGCCCCCUGAUGGGACCCAUGAUGAGCCAUAAUGGGCCCAUGAUGCCAGGGCAUCUUGGGAUGAACAGCGGAGGCAACAACCCCAGCAUGCUGUCCAUGGGACAGAUGCCGCCGCAGCAGCAAAUGAACUGCAUGCCUGCAAUCGGGAACACAAAGAGCAGCUCCAAAAACACAUCUGAAGAGACACCUGGAAGGAAGAAGAAAGCGAAGGAGUCGGAGAAUCAGGGUGGGCAUCGUGCUGGCUCCAUGGGGCAUCACUUCUCCGAGGAGCCAAACAGCCCAGGGGCCCUUAAAAAUGCCCUGGAUCUGAACAAGCUGUUUGAGAUGGGACCAGAGCCGGACCGAAGGCAUUUCUUGGAGCGUAUUUUUGCCUUUCUGGAGGAGAGCGGGCAGCCAGUGACGGCCCUGCCUGUCAUCAGUAAAACUCCCUUAGAUCUCUACAAGCUCUACUUCUCAGUGAAAGAGAGGGGUGGCUUUGAAGAGAUAACUAGAAGCAAGAAGUGGAGGGAUAUCUGUACAGCUGUCAACAUUGGCACGUCUGCAAGUGCCGCCUUCACCCUCAAGAAGAAUUACAUUCGCUAUCUUUUUAACUACGAAUGUAAGUUUGACCGCGGGGGGAUUGAUCCCGCUCCCAUACUUGCUCAGAUGGAAGCUCAGCUGGCACACAAGCGAGAGCAGAAGAAACGAGCACCUUCGCCAGCAGGCUCAAACUCAAAUGAUUCAUUCCGACCACCAAGUGUCCCCAACAAUCAGAUGGAUCCCUCAUACCAGACACCCAACAUGCCCCCACCUUACAUGCAGAAUCAAGAUGGCAGCAUGCCUGACCCACAUGUCAUGAUGGGUUCUGGUGGUAUGAUGGGUGGCCCCGGCCCACAUGGUGGGAUGGGCAGCAUGAUGGGUGGCCCACAGGGGGCCAGACCCUCUGGUAUGAUGGCUAUGUCCGGAGCUGGAAUGAUGCAUCGGCAGCAGGGAAUGAUUCCAAACUCUGGGCCAGGAAACAUGGUGGGUUCACAGAUGCCUGGCGGUCCCCCCGGAUAUGGUGGUCCUAUGAUGCAGCAGCCAAUGUCAGCCAGCGGACCCCCUUUUUCCAGCCAUGGUGGACUGUCAGCAGCAGGACCCAUGCCAGUUACCUCAGAUAGUAUCACAGCUCAGGAUCCAUUUGCCAUAGAUUCAGGUUAUCUCCAGCAGCAGCGUGGGGGUCCCCUCCAGCCGACACCACCUCCACAGUCGUUGCCCACCUCCACACCCUUGGCACCUGGGUACCCUGGUUCGCAGCCAAGCACCAUGGGAAACACUGCCCUGACCAAUACGUCCAGUCAGUCCGGAGCUCCAGCGGCUGGCUUCCCUGGACCAGACCAGAUGAUGGGUGGGUUUGUCCCAAAUGCGGGUCCACCAACAGACCCACCAGUAUCCACCAGCAGUGGUCAGUUUGGCUUUGGCCAACAGUUCGAGCGAUCUGAUAGGUUUGACCAGUCAAAUCCUAGCAUGCUUAUAAGGCAAUCAGGUCCCACACCUGGUAUGACGCCAGCUCCCCAGCCCCCAGUUGAUGGCAGCCCAGCUUACCCAGGCACCCGCUUUCAGACGGUGGGGAUGAGACCCCAGGGAGGUGAUGUCCCAGGGCAGUAUCCUCAGCCUGGAAAUGCAUACCAGAACCAGGGUGGAUAUCCAGGGCCUCAGUACCCAGGUUAUCCCCAGAAUGCCGUAGGGCCACGACCCCCGCAUGGAUCUGGUGGGAUCUACGGAACACCUACUAAACGGUUCUCUGAUGAUCAACCAGAUCGAAUAAGAGAGGGGCAGUGGUCACCAAUGCAGCGAUCCCAUGGACCACAGAAUGGACCAGGCUACAUGUCUCCGGCGGCACCAUCUACCCCACCUAUGGGACAGUACUGUCAACAGCUGCCUCACAAAAACUCACCUCAUAGAGAUGCUGGCCGUUACCUGGCACAGCAGAAAGUGCUGCCUUCUCAUGGAGGUAUGGCAGUGGCCUCCUUUGCAAGGAAAGAGAUAACCUUCCCUGCAGACAGCAUAGAGAGUGUUGGUAUCUCCACAGCCAGGAGGAAGAAACUCACCAGCAAGGAUCUGGCACCCUUUGAAUCAUGGCGACUGAUGAUGGCACUAAAGAGUGGACUCCUGGCUGAGAGCACUUGGGCUCUGGACACACUGAACAUCCUGUUGUAUGACGACACAACAGUGGGCUACUUCGGUCUCAACAAACUACCUGGCCUUUUGGAGGUCCUGACCGAUCACCUCCGUCACUGCCUCAUGCAGAUGUUCUCAGAGUUUGAAGAUCUGGAGGAAGGUCUUGCCCGUAAAAACAUAUCACAUGAUGACAACCUCAAUCCUCUCUCGUUAACGAUGACACCCAGAUUCCAGAAAGAAGAGUUAAAUGAUGAGGUCAUUGAUGAGAGAAAGCCAACCAGUUUCUUUUUAUCCGGCUCCAAUUAUACAAUGGUGUCCAGAAAGGGGUUGCCAGUGAAAAUUGAUGCCAACCCUGUGGACAGUUCAGUGUUGGAUUCGAAGGAUUGGGAUGUGUUCUGUAAUUUCCAUUUGAAGUCUCACAGUUGGGCGACAGGCUGUGGGGACAUAACUAAACAUAUACUGACUCAUCUUGAGAGUUCAAGCACCAAUACAUUUCUGGCAGGGAGAUUCCGGAGGAAAAGGACUAGAAAAGAUGAUGAUAGUAAUAACAGUUGUAGUCCUAAUUGUGAGAAGGGAAAGAAGAAUUGUCCAAGUGGCAGUGUGUUAGCUUCUUGUGGUGAGAGUAAGCACUGUUCAGCACAAUUUAAAGAAGAUAUGGAAGUUGCACAGUGUGCGACGUGUGACAUAUCUUUUGUUUCAAAUACUGGAUGUGUGGAGGGGAGUAGUGAGAGGAAAAGUGAGUUGCAGCCUAAGGGGUCACUUAGAGAAGGUUCCAGCUCGGGGGAAAAUAAUUCCAUGGAUAGUUGUGUAGGUGUGUGUGGGGAAGAGAAAUCUGCUUGUAUUGAUUCAGCACAGCCUGAGGUACUGCAUAUCAGUAAGUCAGCUGCUGAAGAGGUGUGUGCUGAAGCUGAUGAAAGAUCAAAGUCUUGUUCUAAAGAUUCAGUGAAGGAAAAGAAGAAAAGGGUCCAAAAGAUGGAGGCACAGAAGGGGCAGGGAGUUGAGGUGCUUCAGAGUCUCAUUGGUAAUACAAAAGGUGAGUUCACAGAUACGGAUGCCCCUGUUGCUGCUAAUUCUAAACUCUUAGAAAAUGGAGAUGUUGAAGAACCAAAACUUUCACCGGUUUUGAGCUGUGAGUCUGCCAAAGCUGCAUCUGAUGUAAUCAAGAUGAACAAUUCUUGUGAAUUGAAUAUCAGUAAAGGAGGUGAUUCAGAUGACAACUGCAGCAACAGUUCCCCACCUGUGCUCCGGGCAGAAUCUGUUGAUGGUGGUGACGUGACGGAUGAGGCGACCAGCGAGACAGUGAAUAGCACAGUAAAUGGGGACAGCAAUGUUGGAAUCAGCAUGAAGGUACAUGUGAGUACCCUCAAGGAUAGCUUUUGUAGUGAAGAGCCUAAGCAGAUUCAGGUGGAAGUAAUUAAGAUUGAAGACAGUAUCUGGAAAGAGAGAAAUGGUCUCUUGAAUCAGAUGAAAGUAGAGGUAAUUGAGAUGGAAGAGAGUAUGGGGAAGGAGAAAGAUGGCGUCUUGAAUGACAGCUGUGGGAAUAACAGUGUGGAUGUUUCGCAAGUGUUAAAUGAGAGUUUCACUUCAGAGUCGGAGGAAUUGUCGGCUAGCAUUGUGGCAGAGAUGUUGAAGGAAGACGAACACCUGGAGGAGGAAGCCUUUCAGAGGGAUGACCCUCCUCUGUGCGUCACACCAGAAAGCAAAGAUGAGCUUGGCCGUCGAUGUGUGUGCAUAUCGAAUAUCAUACGCUCUUUAUCCUGUAUCCCGGGAAAUGAGGAACGCAUCUGUAAACACGCCGGAACCAUGAGGAUUUUGGGCCGGCUGAUGUUGCUUCACCACAUCCACCCAGUUAAACCUCCAGCGAGGAAGCUGCCCUCUGAAGUUGAGGAGGAGGAAGACAGGGAGCAACUGCCGAGGGUGUAUGACGAUGAGCACUGGUGGUGGGAUUACCUGGAUCAGCUUCGAGAGAAUGCAUUAGUCAUCAUGGCAAACAUAUGUGGCCACCUGAAACUGGCAGAUUUUCCCGAGCAGAUCUGCUUCCCGCUGUUGGAAGGACUCCUUCACUGGGUCAUCUGCCCAGCUUCGGUGGCCAAGGAUCCACUACCAACACUUCCGGCCGGGUCUGUUCUGUCACCACAACGGCUCGUUCUAGAAGCCCUGUGCAAACUGUGUAUACACGAAACCAACGUUGACCUCUUAUUAGCCACACCACCUGUCAAAAGAAUUCUUGAACUCUUCGGGGUGUUAGUCCGCUUGUUAGCGGACCGAAACCACCAGAUCACCAGGGAAUUCUCCAUUGUUCUGCUGUCUUUACUAGUUGCCGGGGAAUCUAGCGCAGCCCGUGCUGUGGCCUUGCAGCAUGCUUCAGUAUCUCUGCUUGUGGACUUUCUAGAAACCGCAGAACAAAAUGCACUCACUAUAGCCAAUCAGCAAGGGAUCGAAGUCCUGCAAGUGAAUCCAGAAGUCAUGGGCACGUCUCUAGACAUGCUGAGACGGGCAGCCUCAAUCCUGCUGCACAUGGCACGGGUUCCAGACAAUCAUAAGUUGUUUGUACAGCAACAGAACCGGCUUCUCAACCUGGUUAUGUCACAGAUCUUGGACCAGACUGUGUCCAACACUUUGUCUGAAGUUCUCUUUGAGUGCUCUCAGGUGUCCUGA